UAAUAUAAAUGUACACAAUUCCAUGAACUAGUUUUCCCACACCUAGAUAGAAAAAGAGAGAGUAUUCAGAAAUAAAGGGUGAAAAGUGAUGAAAUCCAAAUUAGCAGCAAUGGUUUUAGUUGAAGCAGCAGCAGGCAGAGACCAAGAGUAUACCAAAACCAUGAUGAGUAAAGGAACCCACAAGGAAUUAGAGACCGAAAUCAAACAUCAAUUCAUCCACUCUCAAAGCAUCCAAGAUCAUUACAGACGAUUAGAGUACAGCACUCAAGAUCAUCAAUGGUCCCAUGGACACACUUUUCCGGCCCCUCGUUAUAAACCAAACCCUAGUCCCCCACCCCCACCCUCACCCUCACCCCCACCCGGGCCACCCCCACAGGCCCCACCACCCAAGGCACGCAGUGAUAUCAGAAUAGUUUGAAUCAUGACCCAACUGGUGUUCUUAAACUGAGAAUCCAAUUCUAGUGUUAAUAGUCAAUCCAAUGACCUAUCCUUAUGGGUUUGGAUUUUUUGCCUUCAAAAUUAUUGAUUUAGUUAUUAUUUUAACAGACAUGGAUUGUGGGUCUUUGUUUUUCUUGCAUUCUAUCUAAAUUAAAAGGCUGUUUUCUUCUCAAAUAUGCAAAGGCAUGAGAAAGCAAAGUUAAAUUGUGAAAUUCUGUCUUACACAUGUUGUUGGUUUUGAUAUGGAUUUAAUUU